AUGUCAGACACAGAGGAAGUUGAAUAUGAGGAACAGGAAGGAGUCCAGGAGGGGACUGAGGGAGAGGAAAAAGAUGAUGCUCAGGAGGCAGGAGCUGGAGAGGAACGAGAGGAUGAAGAAGAAGCUAAGCCCAAACCGAAACCAACUUUCGUACCCAACCUCGGAGCUCCCAAGAUCCCAGAUGGAGAGAAAGUCGACUUUGAUGACAUCCACCGCAAGCGUAUGGAGAAGGACCUGAAUGAGCUGCAAACACUAAUUGAAGCCCACUUUGAGAGCCGGAAGAAGGAAGAGGAGGAACUCCUGAACCUCAAAGACAGGAUUGAGAAACGGCGCUCUGAACGUGCGGAGCAGCUUAGAAUCCGCACAGAGAGAGAAAAGGAACGUCAGACCAGGUUGGCGGAGGAGAAGGCGCGAAAGGAGGAGGAGGAGGCAAAGAAGAAGGCAGAUGAUGAUGCAAAGAAGAAGAAGGUGCUCACCAGCCUGCAUUACAGCGGCUAUGUGCAAAAGACAGAGAAGCGAGGCGGCAAGAGACAGACAGAGCGAGAGAAGAAAAGGAGGAUCCUGAGUGAACGCCGCAAGGAGCUGAACAUCGAUGGUCUGAAUGAGAACAAGUUGAAGGAGAAGGCCACGGAGCUCUGGCAGCAGAUACAUCAGCUGGAGGCAGAGAAAUUUGAACUUCAGUACCAGGUCGCACGGCAAAAGUAUGAGGUCAUUGUCCUGAGGAACAGGGUCAGCGAUCAUCAGAAAAUCACAAAGGGAACAAGAACCAAGAGAGGCUUACGGAAGUAAAAGGAUGGCAUUUAAAUAUGUGGAUGUUCAUAUUCAACACAGUUCUGGUGCAUGUAUGUCUGCCAGACCAUGUGAAUGUCCCCCUUUUCUGCUAAUAACCCCAUUUCUUGCUUAAGGGCAGGGACAAACGUGUCAGCUGUGAGCCAGACUUGUUUCAAACAUGAUGCGUAACAUUCUUACUUUGUGUCCUUUAACUGCUCUGCCC